GGGACUGUCACAGAAUAAAACCAAGAUCUGCUUUAACUGAGAAGAUCCAAGACAGACUGAGAAACAUAAGGCACUUCAGCACACACCCAAAAAUCUGGAAGACAAACUAUGGCUCGGGCAGACAGGCAGAAGUGGUCCACCUCCUGCUCCAGGAUGGUCUCCUGGUCCGGGAUAAGGAGGAUACAUGCCAUGCUGCGGCAGAAGAUGGUACGAGAGUUCCUGGCUGAGUUCAUGGGCACAUAUAUCAUGAUGGUGUUUGGCCUCGGUGCCACAGCCCAUAUGGUUCUAGGAAGUAAAAAACUCCUCGGGAGCUUCCUCAGUGUCAACUUGAGUUUUGGCUUCGGAGUCACCAUAGGAGUGCACGUGGCAGGCAAAAUCUCUGGGGCCCACAUAAAUGCAGCCGUGACCUUCACCAACUGUGCACUAGGCCGUAUGUCCUGGAGGAAGUUUCCUGUGUACGUGCUGGGUCAGUUCCUCGGCUCCUUCACAGCUGCUGCCACCAUCUACUGCCUCUUCUACAAGGCCAUUCUUCACUUCACGGGUGGACAGCUGACAGUGACUGGUCCCACAGCUACUGCUGGCAUUUUUGCCACCUACCUUCCGGACUACAUGACAUUGUGGUGGGGCUUCCUGAAUGAGGUGUUCGCGACGGGUGUGCUCCAGCUGUGUCUCUUUGCCAUCACGGACCAAGAGAACAACCCAGCACUGCAUGGGACAGAGGCCCUGGUGAUUGGCGUCCUUGUUGUCACCAUUGGGAUGUCCCUAGGCAUGAACACAGGAUACGCGAUCAACCCAUCCCGGGACCUGCCUCCCCGUGUCUUCACUUUCAUUGCCGGCUGGGGCAUACAGGUGUUCAGGGCCGGAGAAAACUGGUGGUGGGUGCCAGUGGUGGCGCCACUCCUCGGUGCUUACAUUGGUGGUGUCAUCUACCUGGUCUUCAUUAGCCCCAGCGUGCCAGUAAAGCCCCAGGGAUUGGAGGACCCCACAGCGUGUGAGGACCACAGGAUAACUGCAUUGUCCAAGACUGGCCCUCAGCCAUCCCUGAGCUCUUCCCUCACCCUCGUCUCUGUGACUCCCACUAACAGAUCGUCAGUCCAGCCUGUCCCACCUUUAACCGAAUCCAUGCACUUUUAGGUAGAGAUUUUUUGUGACUCCAUCCCUACUCCAAUAAAGAAAUCUUAACCCACA